AUAACAUUUUGUUACAAGUGAGUGUAUGAAUGAAUGCAGGUAGUUUUUUAACAUUAUUUAUAUGUGUUGUUAAUAACAGUUAUGCUAAACAUUAUGGUAAUAAAGAAAAGUAGGAUUCAGAAAUUCAAUAAGAUAAGUCCAUGUAAGUUUAUAUGUCAAGUAAAAUAUUCUGAUAAAUGAUAAAGUAAAUAUCACUGUACAAAUUCGUAUAACCUUUAUUUAAUUGGGUUUCACGUCAUAUCACGUCACAUCCUACAAUAAUUUUCUAUUAGUGAGCUACAUAAGAAGUGUGAAUUUUAACAUGUCUCUUGCAAUGGGUUACAAUUUCUUAUUAUCUCCUAAAAGCAUAUUAAUUAAAACCAUGCAUAGACAAGUUCAUCAUUCUUGUAAAGUUCUAGUAGUCGGUGGCGGUACUGGUGGUUGUACGAUGGCAGCAAAAUUUGCAAGAAAAUUAAGAGGAUUAUCCAACGGAGUUAUAGUAGUUGAACCAAGCGAGGUUCAUUAUUAUCAACCACUUUUUACUUUAAUCGGUUGUGGUAUUGGUUCUUACAAUUACUCAAAGAAACCGAUGAAGAGCGUGCUUCCUAAAAAUGCAAAAUGGAUAAAAGAUAGCGUGAUUGGUUUUGAUCCUGAAAAUAAUCAAAUUACUACAAAUAAUGGUGACACCGUGCAAUAUGAUACUUUAAUUGUCGCAUUAGGUUUACAAAUUAAUUGGGAUCAAUUACCAGGUUUGAAAGAUGGUCUUCAAAGUGCAGAAUCACAAGUUUGUUCCAUUUAUGGAUCGGACACUGUACCGCAUGUAUUUAAUAAAAUUAAAAGGACCAAGGACGGUACAGCUAUAUUUACAUUUCCAAAUACUCCUGUCAAAUGUCCAGGCGCGCCACAGAAAAUUGCUUAUCUAGCUGAGGAUUACUUUGUAAAAACAAAUGUACGUAAAGACGUAGGAGUGAUUUAUCAUACAUCCUUACCUGUUAUUUUCGGUGUCAAAAAAUAUGCGGAUGCCCUUUGGAAGAUUUGCGAAAAAAGAAACAUUAAUGUUAAAACGAGAUCAAAUCUUGUAAAAAUAGACAUUGAUAAACGAGAAGCGACAUUCGAGAAUUUAGAUGCUCCAGGUGAAACUUCUACAAUGAAAUACUCGUUGUUACAUGUAUGCCCUCCGAUGGGACCACCAGAUGUUUUGAAAAAACAUCCUAAAUUGACAGAUAAGACUGGAUUUUUGUCAGUUGAUCCUGGUACAUUGAAACAUACUAAGUAUUCUAAUAUCUUUGGAAUAGGCGAUUGUUGUAAUACACCGAACUCCAAAACUAUGGCAGCUGUAGCUGCGCAAGCAAAAGUUCUUUACAAAAAUAUCAUUGAUGACUUAGAUGGUAAGCCAAUGGUAAUGAAAUAUACAGGAUACGCUUCCUGUCCAUUGGUUACUGGACAUGGAAAAUGUAUUAUGGCUGAAUUCGACUACAAAUUGCAACCCAUGGAAACGUUUCCUGUAGAUCAAUCCAAGGAAUUAUAUUUCAUGUUUUUACUGAAAAAAUAUUUCUUCCCGUUUCUAUAUUGGAAUCUUAUGCUGAAAGGUUGGUGGAACGGUCCUGAAUUUUUUCGAAAAUAUAUAAGUUUUAUGAAAUCUAAGGGAACAUAAAAUUCAAGGAAGAAUAAAAGAAAUGUUCGCAGUUUUGCAUGGUCUUGGAAUGUAACGGAUAUCCCUUCUUCACACGCGGAUGGAAAAUCUCACCCUCGGACGGUAUCGUUCUCGUAAAUCAAUAAACACUUCGUACAUACGUUGUUGGAAAGCCUGUAAAAUGGAAUCGGUUCUAACAUCUUGCGGCUAGCAGUGGUCCAGGUGGCUGGCGAAAGCAAUUAAACGUAUAAACGGUGGAAAUUAGCCGCAAGAAUUGGCCUCGGUUAGAUUCAGGAGAAGCAGGAAUUCACAUGAAUGGAUAUGGGAGCAUCAGGGCCAUUUAACACGAUGACACCCUAUUUACCACCCCCGCAGAAAAGACGACUGGAUGAACGAUAGGAAAGCCUUCCAGCACAUAUGUCAGCACGUGACCCGUGCUCCGUUGGUGGGCGUUUAGUAUUAAUCGUCGUACCUACCCCUUAGAACGAGAUCAUUCAUUUAUCCUCGCAAACUAAACUUCUUAUUCAAAGCCAAAUCAACGUUAUUUCAUUUGACUCUUUGAAAUAUCGUAGAUUAUUCUCUCACCAUUUACCGAAUUUUCUUUUGAUAGAAUUUUUAGAAAGUUAGUAGAUAUACCUUUUCGUGAAUAAAUCCAGGAAAAAAAUGUUUAUUGGAAGCCGAAAG